AUGCUGUGUGGAAGCCGAAGCCGCUCUUCCCGGGUGGACCCUCCGGCCAGCCUGGCCCCUCAGAUGAGGGUUGCUCCAAGACAGGCGCUUGCAGUUGGCUCCCCUGCUGCUGCACCCAGGCAGCCAGGCCUGAUGGCCCAGAUUGCAACCACUGCAGCUGUGGUGGCUGUGGGCUCGGCAGGGGGUCCCACUCUGGGUCAUGCCAUCACUGGGGGCUUCAGUGGAGGUGGCAGUGCUGAGCCUGCAAGGCCUGACAUCACUUACCAGGACCCCCAGGGAACCCAGCAACAAGGGCCAUGCUCUCUUGAGAUCAAACAAUUUCUGGAAUGUGCCCAGAAUCAGUGACGUCAGGCUCUGAGAGGGCUUCAAUGAGGUGUUGCGACAGUGCAGAAUUGCAAAUGGUUUAAUCUAAUCAAGAAGUUCAAACUGAAGAAAUGGGCUCUGCCUAAUUCAUAGUGCAAGUGUGGCCCCUUAGUAAACAAAUCUUAC